GCCACAGUAGACAUCUGCUCAGAGGAAGUUACAGCUCCGCCGGGACACAAACCAACCAACAUUGUAAGAAGAGAAAGAUGGAGAAAAUGAAGAGUGCCAGGAAAAAUGAUCCAGAAGAAGCUGGCAGUGAUCUGUCAGAGCAGAUCAAAGCCACCACUAAAGACAACCACGUCAGAGCUGAAAACACACAACUGAUGCUGAGUUACCAGAAGGGACAGAUCACUCUGCCACAGUACAAGGGUUUCUGCUGUGUUUCCUUGUAUGAGAUCUACAAGGCACUGGAGGAGGAGCUGGAUAGAAACUGUUCCCAUCCAGCUCUUGCACCAAUCUACUUCCCUCAGGAGUUGGCCCGUCUGGAAGCUCUUGAAAACGACCUGGAGCACUUAGGCUCCGACUGGAAGAAGAAGGUGAUUGUUCCUGCAGCCACAAGAUACGAGCAGAGACUACGAGAGAUUGGCAAAGAGAACCCCAGGCUGCUGGUGGCCCAUGCCUACACCCGUUACCUCGGUGACCUCUCAGGAGGGCAAGUGUUGGGGAAGAUUACCCAGAAGUCUCUAGGGUUGAGCAGCAAAGAGGGGCUGUCGUUCUUCACCUUCCCUGGCGACAGCUCCAACCGCUUCAAGCAGCUGUACAGGAGUCAUAACAGCAUCGAGCUGACGGAGGAGGAGAGGGCAGCUGUGCUAGAGGAGGCUGUGGCGGCAUUUGAGUUCAACAUCCAGGUUUUUGAUGAUUUACAGAAAAUGCUCAGUGUUACAGCAGAAACAACAGAGAAGUCAAACAGUAACGUCAGCUCCCUGAGUGCCAACUUCCCAUCUUCUCCCAUCAUGCAGUUCACCAUGGGAAUGUGUGUGGCACUGGCCACUGUUGGAAUGGGAAUCUAUGCCUUUAGUUCACAUUUACAACUGACACACAUCGAGCACUUUAGUCACAACAAAUGAAGCAAUGAUCAGCAAAUAAGUGACUCAGCUAUUUUACGUCUUAAUGUCUUCACUGUAAAAGCAGGGUUUGUUGAAUACUGACAAUAUGCUAGUUCUGCCAUACAUGUUUGUUCUUUAUCUUCAUCAUUAAUCACAUGUUAAAUCAGGCUUUUUAUUAAUGUACAAUUUAAGCAUGAUUGAUAUUAAUGCUUUAUAUAUGCAUGGUAACAAAAAAGGCUUUACUUGAUCAGAAAAUGCAAAUAUUGAUUUUGUUUCAUGCUUUCCCCCUGUAAAACAGUAUGUAUAUAUUUGUAAUGAACAUAUUUUCUAUCUGUUGAAGUCUAGUUAUUAAUGAAAUAAACUCAUGUGGUGAAAACAGCA